AUGAUCCUGCUCAUCGCCCUCAUCUGCUCCCUCGUGACCUUCUCAGGAGCUCAGAGCGCAUUUCCCCUGCCGGACACGUACGGCGCCGCAGUGGCCGCUGGGACCCCAGCAUGGCUGCAACUCGCCGGCACUGAGCUGGCAGGCGGGCCGUCGGCGCGCCGGUCGUCCGCGGUGGGCUACGACUCGACGAACGGCCUCCUUCUCAUCUUCGGCGGCACCGACAACGGCAGGGGCGCGGGACCGUGCACGGUGCUCGGCGACACGUGGGCGCUGGACGUGUUCGCCCUCACCUUCGCGUCAGAGGGCGUGAUCGACCCGGCCUCGGUGCGCUGGGUGGAGAUCCCGGGCGUCGAGGGCUCCACCGCCCCGGAGCCCCGCUUCAGCAUGGUGUCAGGUGUCUCGCAAGCCACGGGGCAGUUUGUCAUCGCCACGGGGGACACAAAGGGCUGCAACGGCGCCGAGAAGUUCGUGAACGACGUCUGGGCGCUGGACCUCGGCCGCGUGACCGCUCUCGUCCGGCAGGGGCAGACGUCGGUGUCCUACUGGACGAAGCUGGCGGCCAACGGCGCGGACGGGGCCCCCGCGGGCCGCUACGGCGGGGGGGGCGGGAUCUACCCUACGUCGAGCCUGCUCGUGACCACCCACGGCUUCGAUCAGACGACCAGGUUCUCCGACGCGUUCUCGUUCGACCUGGUCAGCCGCACGUGGAGCAAGCUGGCUGACAACGUGCGGCCCUACACCCGCGACAAGCCCCACGGGCGCUGCCUCACGGCGGGCGACAUGGUGUCGCCGACCACGUACGUCAUGUACGGCGGCUGCCUGAGCGGCGGCGGCACGGGCGGCCCCUGUCCGAGCUGGGACGGGUGGAAGUUCGACAUCACUGACGGCUCGUGGACGAUGCUGGACGCGUGCCCGACCGCGCGCUCGUGGGCCGGCGUCGCCCGCCUCCCGCGGAUCUCCUCGGGCCUCCCGGACGCCGCGGUCGUCUACGGCGGCGCCGAGAACGAGAAGAACGUGAUGAUUCAGUUCCAAGAGAGCCCCGCGACGGAAGCCAACUUCCUGGACGUCGCCUCGGGCUCCUGGCUGCGCACCUCGCUCCCCGUCGGCGGCUCGACCUCCCUCCUGAAGCGCAACUCUGCGGAGAUGACCACGGUCGACUCCGUGCCCUCCGGACAGCUGGCGGGCCUGAAGGGCGUCAUCGCGUUCGGCGGCGCGGUCACGGGGGGCUCGUCGAGCACGGGCCUCGCGAGCGACGUCUGGAUGAUGCUCGUCCCGGACACGUGGGCCAUCCCCGACGCCGACACGUGCUCCGCGGAGACGGUGCGCAAGAACAAGGGCUUCUCGCUCGCGGCGCUGCACGGCGUCUUCAUGGCGCUGAGCUGGGGCUUCUUCCUGCAGAUCGGGCACUUCGUCGCGCGGUACUGCCGCACGAAGGACCCGCUGUGGUUCCACGUGCACCGCGUGUGUCAGUGGGGCGGCGCGGUGCUGGCGCUGGUCGGCGUGGCGCUGGUGUUCGCGGGCGCGAACAACAUCACGGUGAACUGGGCGCACGCGGUGAUCGGGGUCGUGGUCAUCCUGCUCAUGCUGAUCCAGGUCGGGGUCGCGUCGGCGCGCCCCCACAAGGACAGCAAGCGCCGCUGGAUGUUCGAGGCGCAGCACUGGUGGACGGGGCGCCUCGCGCUCGUGCUCGCGCUCGUGAACUGCUCGCUCGGCGUCUUCGUCAUCCUCGCGCCGACGUGGGCCAUUGGGCUGUGGUUCGGUUGGCUUGGGACGGUGGUGCUGGCGUACGUGGUCGCGGAGGUGUUCACGCGCGUCAAGAAGCUGACGCUGACAGGUCUGUGGCCGUCCAUGGCUGCGCCGGUGAAGGCCGGCGACGAGAAGUCGACGGUGUAG